AAAUGGGACCCCAUGCAAUGACAGAUUCCAGAGAUGACACAAACAAAAUUAGCACAAGGUUCCUCCAAGUGAGGUGGUAGGUCGUCGUCGUCAAUAAAAACAAAUGGAAGCCCAGGCUCUUCCAUGGCUUCCCAGUCCUUCAAGAUGCCCAAUUUAUAACUUCCACCAUCAUAGAUAAUUAUUUCCCACUUGUAAUAAAAUCUCCAAGAAAUGCUCCUCUCCACUAUACUUCCUACCAAACUUUGGCUGCCAUUGCUUCUCACAAAAAAUGACGUCAACGACGACUACUCUUCCCAAACCCACUUCCAAAUCCUUGCUUCGUGGUCCUUCUAUGCUUAAUCAAACAAAACCCAUUUCGUUGCUCCGGUUUCCAGCUUCGAAAUCUGAGUUUUUUGGUUCAAAGAAUAAAGCUCUGUCAAAGACCAUGACUGAAUUGGUCAGAACAUCUGUUUUUAGAGCUAGUUAUGGUGGUAACAGUGAAGAAAGUACAGGAUCUUUUCAGCAAGGAGAUGUUAUUCACGGGCCUGAUAAGUUUCAAAGUGUGCUCCUGGCUGGUAGACUGGAAGCCACUCUCAAUUGCCUGAGCAAAUGGCUUGUAGUUACUUUUUUUUGUGCUGUCAUUCUUGGGAGGCAUGAUGCAAAAGCCAUGUGGGCUGCUUUGGGGUUAGUUGUGAAUUCAAUCCUCUCUGUAAUCCUUAAGAGAACAUUCAACCAAGAGAGACCCGAUUCGACAUUGAGGUCUGACCCUGGGAUGCCAUCUUCACAUGGACAAUCCAUCUUCUUCACUUUGGUGUUCGCUAUUCUGUCAGUUGGGGAAUGGCUAGGAGUAAAUGAAUUCACACUGAUCCUCAGUGCAUUUAUGCUAGCAUUUGGCACGUAUCUUACAUGGUUACGUGUCUCACAAGGACUUCAUACGAUCAACCAAGCUGUGGUCGGUGCUGCUGUUGGGUCCAUUUUCUCCAUCUUGUGGUUCUGGUCAUGGGAUGCAUUUGUGCAGAAAGCAUUUAUUUCCUCUCUCUGGGUUCGUAUGGUUGUUGUUAUGGGAGCUGCUGUAUUCUGCCUAGCUUUUCUUGUGUAUGUUAUUGGUUAUUUGUUCAACGAUGAAUGAUGAAUUAAAAAAAAAAAGUUGAAUAUGAUUACGCGAUUUGCAAGCAAUUCUUUCAGAGCAA